AUGUCUGGUAGAGGCAAGGGCGGGAAGGGGCUCGGCAAGGGGGGCGCCAAGCGCCACCGCAAGGUGCUGCGCGACAACAUCCAGGGCAUCACCAAGCCGGCCAUCCGCCGCCUGGCUCGGCGCGGCGGCGUGAAGCGCAUCUCGGGCCUCAUCUACGAGGAGACGCGCGGCGUGCUGAAGGUCUUCCUGGAGAACGUGAUCCGCGACGCCGUCACUUACACGGAGCACGCUAAGAGGAAGACGGUCACGGCCAUGGACGUGGUCUACGCCCUCAAGCGCCAGGGACGCACCCUCUACGGCUUCGGUGGCUAAACUCGAUUCCUGAAAUAGGUUACGCUUUUCAAACACAAAGGCUCUUUUCAGAGCCACCCACGCUGUCAAGAGAAGAGUCUUAGUCACUGUU